CUACUAUUAUUAUUUCACUAAAACCGAGGUUAAAUUCAUUGGAUGCCACCAUUUUUUGUUUCUUGUUUUCUUUUCUGUUCAGGCUAACUGCCAUAACUGUGAUUCCCUGCCUCAAAAAACCAGAAACCACACCAUUCCUCACUAUCUCUACACUUUUUCCUAAGAAAAGGAAAUAAAAAAGAACAAUGUUUUUCUUUUUCCCAAUUUAAUAAGAAAUAGAAAAAAAUAAAAAGAAACAAGAGUUUUCCCUUUUCCAAACUAUAUAUAAGUGUCGAGCUUUAAUUUUUUCUAGGAGCAUAUUUAUAGCAUAUUCUUUAGUUUCAAUAACUUGACCAAAGUUUCUUCCUUUCAUACAUUUAACCUUCUGUUUGCUAUAAUUAUAUAACCCCUUUUGAUUUUCUUGGAGUUUUGGAGCUAAAGUUUUAAUCUUUGCUAUACUUUGUGUAAACCUUUUUGAUUUCUUGAGUUUCUUUGCCUGCAAUUUUGUUAUUUGGAGCAUAUUCUUUAGUUAUAUGACCCCUUCUGAUUUUCUUGGUGUAAUUGUGCUAAAGUUUUAAUCUUUGAUAUACUUUUUGUAAACCCUUUUGGUUUUUUGAAGUUCUUUGCCUAGAAUUUGGUUAUUAGGAGCAUAUUCUCUAGUUAUAUGAUCCAUUUUGAUUUUCUUUGGGCUAUUUUGCAAAAGUUUUAAUCUUUGAUAUAUUAUUUGUAAACCCUUUUGGUUUCUUGAAGUUUGGAGUUUGAUUAUUUGGGGCAUGCAAAUUUCCUUUUGAUUUUCUUGUGGUUUUGGAGCUAAAGUUUUAAUCUUUGCUAUACUUUUAUAAACCCUUUGGAUUUCUUGAGGUUUGGAGUUUGAUAAUUUUGGGACAUGCAAAUUUGUUUGGUAUAAUUAUAUGACCCCUUUUGAUUUUCUUGAGGUUUUGGAGCUAAAGUUUUAAUCUUUGAUAUAUUUGUUGUGGACCCUUUUGAUAUCUUGAGUUUUGGAGUUUGAUUAUUUUGGGGCAUGCAAAAUUCUUGAAUGAGAUAUGAAGUAUUCUGGGGUGGUUGUUGUGUCAAUCUUGGUUUGGUUUUUGGUUUUUGUUAGUCUUGUUGAGGUUAAUAAGGGUCAAAUUCCAACCACAGUUGAUGGACCUUUUAAGCCAGUGACUGUACCUUUGGACCAAAGUUUCAGGGGACAUGCUGUUGAUUUGCCAGACACUGAUCCCAGAGUUCAAAGGACUGUUAAAGGAUUUGAGCCUGAACAGAUAUCUGUUUCCCUUUCUUCUACUUAUGACUCUGUUUGGAUUUCUUGGAUUACAGGGGAAUAUCAAAUUGGUGACAACAUUAAACCAUUGGAUCCAAGUAAAGUUGGCAGUGUUGUUCAAUAUGGGAAAGAUAAAUCCUCGUUAAGGCACAAAGCAAUUGGCGAGUCCCUUAUUUAUAAUCAACUUUAUCCAUUUGAAGGACUUCAGAACUACACUUCUGGAAUCAUACACCAUGUUCAACUUACAGGGUUGAAACCAAAUACAUUAUACUAUUAUCGAUGUGGAGAUCCUUCUAUACCAGCUAUGAGUACUAUCUACCAUUUCAAGACCAUGCCUAUUUCUUCUCCAAAGAGCUACCCAAAGAGAAUAGCAAUUGUAGGGGACCUCGGUCUAACGUACAAUACCACUUCCACUGUUAGCCAUUUGAUGGAGAACAAUCCAGAUCUUGUUCUAUUGGUUGGAGAUGUCACAUAUGCUAAUUUGUAUCUCUCGAACGGAACUGGUUCAGAUUGCUAUUCGUGCUCAUUUAACGACACUCCGAUACACGAGACCUAUCAGCCUCGGUGGGACUAUUGGGGAAGAUAUAUGCAACCGCUGGUGUCCAAAAUUCCUAUCAUGGUGGAGGAGGGGAACCAUGAGAUAGAAGAACAAGCUGAAAAUCAGACAUUUGCAGCCUAUCGUUCUCGCUUUGCAUACCCAUCAAAAGAAAGUGGAUCAUCCUCCCCAUUUUACUAUUCUUUUAAUGCGGGUGGCAUACACUUCAUCAUGCUCGGAGGAUAUGUCGCCUAUAAUAAGUCAGAUGAUCAAUACAUGUGGUUGGAGAGGGACUUGGCUAAUGUUGAUAGGAGAGUUACUCCGUGGCUGGUUGCCACUUGGCAUCCACCUUGGUACUCUACUUACACGGCACACUAUCGAGAAGCUGAAUGUAUGAAGGUAGCGAUGGAAGAUUUGCUGUACGAGUAUGGUGUCGAUUUAGUCUUCAAUGGACAUGUUCAUGCUUAUGAAAGGUCAAACAGAGUCUAUAACUACACACUGGAUCCUUGUGGUCCAGUCUAUAUAACUGUCGGUGAUGGUGGAAACCGCGAGAAGAUGGCAAUUGAACAUGCUGAUGAGCCAGGGAAAUGUCCAAAACCAGAUAGCACCCCGGACAAAUUUAUGGGCGGAUUCUGUGCCUAUAAUUUUACAUCAGGUCCAGCUGCUGGUAACUUUUGUUGGGAUCAACAACCUGAUUAUAGCGCAUACCGAGAAAGUAGCUUCGGCCAUGGAAUACUAGAGGUGAAAAAUGAGACACAUGCUCUAUGGACAUGGCAUAGGAAUCAGGAUAUGUACAAUAAAGCUGGAGAUAUAAUUUACAUAGUCAGGCAACCUGAGAAAUGCCCUGUUAAACCUAAGGUAAUUAAACCCUGGCCAAUUGGAAAAUACCAAUUUAAUUGGAUUUAGAAGAUACUCUGACCCCAAUUUACUUGUAAUUUAGCUGAGAGAGGAAAAAAGAAUAGGAAAAAAAUAAAUCUAUUCUUUGGAAAUAAUGAUUUAUAAAUUAUGAUUGACAACAUUAAUAUUUUUUAAUAUAUUAAAAAUUGUACAUGUAAUCAAGAACCCUCCAUUUGAUGUAUAUUUGGAAGACUGUCACAUUUGAAUUUUAA